AUGGACAAAAGCAGUUGGCUGGCAGUCAUCAAGGAUCAGGUAAUGCAGUUUGUUGAGCCAAGUCGGCAGUUUGUGAAGGACUCAAUUCGGGUGGUUAAAAGAUGCAUUAAACCUGAUAGAAAAGAAUGCCAGAAGAUUGCCAUGGCAACAGCAUUAGGAUUUGCUAUACUGGGAUUCAUUGGCUUUUUUGUGAAAUUAAUCCUUAUCCCUCUUAAUAACAUCAUUGUUGGCAGCUGAAUACCUUUUUAGAAGAGUUUUUCAUCUUGGGGAUUGGUGAAUAAGUGAGGAUUUGAGAAGCUCAAGGAGUAUUUGCCUAUAUGUUUUGUGUUUUUCUUUCAUUUUUUUGUCUUCCAAGGUGUUUUGU